AAGUCAAUUAAGUACAAUCAAUUAACUCAGUGAAUCUGCCCAGGGGCUACAGAUGGAAAUUAGCUCUGGUGCUACAACCUGAUACAAUGCAUCUCUCCUCCAUCCAUCCAUCCAUUUUCUUCCGUUUAUCCGGGGCCGGGUCGCGGGGGCAGUAGUCUAAGCAGGGACUCCCAGACUUCCUUCACCCCAGACACAUCCUCGAGCCCCUCCUCGAACCCUCACCUUAUCGUGGUGGAGGGGUUUGAGUGCCCGAAUGAUCCUGGGAGCUAUGUUGUCGGGGACUUCAUGCCCCUGGUAGGGUCACCCAAGGCAAACAAGUCCAGGGGGACGGGUCAGACGAAGAACGGUUCAGAAGUCCCAUAUGACAAGUGAACCAGCGAGGCCAGAUACGUUACCCGAAUUGGUGUCACCGGGGCCCCACCCUGGAGCCAGGCCUGGGGUGGGUGCUUGACGGCGAGCGCCUGGUGACCGUGUCUUCCCCCAUGGGGCCCGGCCGGGCACAGCCCAAACGAGCGACGUGGGACCGCCCUCCUGUGGGGCCACCACCUGCGGGAGGAUCCAUAUGGGGCCGGUGCAGAGAAAUCUGGGCGGCAGUCAAAAGCAGGGACCUCGUGUUCAGGUGUCAGUGGGCGUCCCAGAGUCCAGUGCUGUUUGUGUGAAGACAGAAGAGUCCUCACUGCUUCAUCAACGACAAACUGAGCUCAGAGAAGAAACACAGGGAGAGGACAUCAGCGCAGAGACACAUUUACACUCAGAGACUGAGGGAGACACAGAGCACUCCUCUGACACUGAUGAUGAAGCCUGGAGAGCUCCACUCAGCUGUUCAGCUGCACAGAUGGAGACAGACGCUGAUGGAGACCACGACAACCAAGUCCAGAACUCUGGCCUAUCCCCUAAAUACAAGUCUGCACCAGAGACCAGUGCCACUGUGAACAAUGCAGACAUGUCAGGAACAGCAGAAGGAGCUGAGGACAAAAAACACCAGUGCUCUGUGUGUCAAAAGAGGUUUGUGACGAAGCAGUGUUUCCAAAGACAUAUUAUAAUUCACACAGGCGAGAAACCAUUCAGUUGUUCAACCUGUGAGAAAACAUUUAACCAAAAAGCCUAUCUAGAUAAACAUGAAAAGAUACAUACAAAGAAACCAUUCAGCUGUUCAAUGUGCAAGAGAUCAUUUACAACAAAAGGUGAUCUAGCUCUACAUGUAAAGAGACACCUGGGUGAAAAACCAUACAGCUGUUUAAUCUGUGAGAAGUCAUUUUCUCAAAAGGGUGAUCUAAAUAAACAUGUGAGAAUACACACAGGUGAACGACCUUACAGGUGUUCAGCAUGUGAAAAGACAUUUCAUGAGCAGAGAGGUCUUGUUAAACAUGAGAGAACGCACACAGGUGAAAGACCUUACAGUUGUUCAAUGUGUGAGAAGACAUUUUCUCAUCAAAGUAAUUUAAUUAGACAUGAGAGAACACAUACAGGUGAAAGACCUUACAGAUGUUCCAUCUGUAAUAAACAGUUUACAGAGAGACAUCAUUUGAACUUUCACAUGAGAACUCACAGAACAGAGCGUGGCUGGUCAUUGUGUCCUUAGGCAAGACACUUCACCCACAUUGCCCAGUAUGAAAGUGGUGUGUGCGUGAGUGACGGUGGUGGUCGGAGGGACCGAUGGUGCCGAUUGGCAUGGCAGCUGCACUUCUGUCAGUUUGCUCCAGGGCAGCUGUGGCUACAAUAGUAGCUUACCAUCACCAGUUGUGGAGAAAAAACAAAGAAUAAUGAAUCUAUAAUGCUCUGUAAAGCAUCUUUGUGACAUAUGUCUGUGAAA